UAGAAGUUUACUGAUGUUUCAGUGGUCCUUGCUGCAGCGAUCAGGGGGCAUAGACACAACCAAAAACAUUCUUGUAGUUAAGUUUGAAGGUUUCUUACAAUUGUGCGUAAAAUAUGUAAAAGCACAACUAAAGCGUUUGAAACCAGGAUUCUGCUUCUGUUUGCAGGUAAAAGAGGGGAAAGUGAACGGGAAGUCCAUUUGUUGGACCCCCUGGGUUAGCUAGCUACAGCCAAACCACGGUACUUAUCAAGUUUACAUCAUUUCAUAGAUGAAUACCAACAUAAUAUCCACAAAUAAUACCAACAUAACUGAUAGUCGCACUGAAUCUAAUAAUGUUCAGUGUAAAUUAUCAGGAAGCGUUGAGGCUUAGGAGGUUAGAGAUGGAGAUUGGUCAGAGAACAGAAGAAGAAUUGCUGCAGAAACAUCGGAGACAGAGGAAUGCGUUACAAGGAAUGAUGCAAGAAGACAAGGUAAACAGAAUGACUGCUUUCAAUUAGCCAUGCCAUUGAAGCAGAAACAAUACAAUGUUACAACAUUUUCAGUUACCACAAGCUAAUGAGGGAUAUUUUACAAGAACAACACACUCUGAAAAAUUCAGUCUCUCAAAAAGUCAUCUACAAAAGGGGAUAAAAAGAAGAAGAAAGAAAUCAUGGAGCAAAUAGCCCAACUGGAACUGGAAUUAGAGAAAAAGCAGAAUGAAGAACUGUUGCAGUUGAAGCAUGACACUGGAGUGUAUGAUGAACCCGCAGAUGACAGUGGGACACACCUGCCAGCCCCACGAGUGAGCAAAGCUCAAAGGAGACGUGACAAGAAAGUCAUUCGAGAGAAAGAGCGAGAGUGUAUGAUUCUGGCUGAGGAAGCAGAGAAUAUACGCGGGCCUCGGAAUGUGGAGAUACAAAAAAUAAAGCAGAUUCUGAAAGAACGUAAUCUAAUGAUCAAAGAGAUUCCUUCAGAUGGAAACUGCUUGUACUGUGCAAUAGAUGACCAGCUAAAACUUCAUGGUGAUGAUGGCCUGGGGACAGAAAGUUUGCGUAAAAUGACUGGCCAGUAUUUGAAGGAACAUAAAUCUGAUUUCUUCCCAUUCAUAAGUCAUCCUGAUACAGGAGACCAGCUUACUGAUGAACAGUAUGAAGACUACUGUGAUGAAGUGAUCUACACAUCUGCAUGGGGUGGGGAACUAGAGUUACGAGCCCUCUCACACAUCUUGAAAUGUUGCAUUGAAGUCAUUCAGGCUACGGGUCCAUCUGUACUAGUCGGUGAGGAGUACCGAGACAAAAGGCAAGCUACUCUUACAUUCCACAGACAUAUGUAUGGUCUUGGAGAACAUUACAACUCAGUUAAACCCUACGUAGAUGAAGAUAGAGAAGAUACUGAAGAUUUAUAGGUGCAAUGCUUGAGUCUGGAUGCCUAGAAGUCUCCAUUUAUAAUUCAAUGGACUGGGGAUAACAGUCCUUGGUAUCUGACUUUGAUGGCUAGUACAAGCCUUUACCUGCUUCAUCAUCAGGUAUUACCUUACCCCUAGAACAGACAAGCUGUACUGUACUGUCAUAAUUAAUACUUUGGUUUGUACAGAAUUCAUUAUCUUACAGUUGAAAACUAAGUUACACUGCUGACUCUCAAAACUCAUGCACAGUUUGUUACUGCAUUGGUACCUUUAAGUUACGAUCUUGUUGCCUGAAGUUUAAAAAUUAGAAAUGGAUGAACCUCGACAUAAUUAAACAAUUUUUAGAAGGCAAAAAUGUCUUCAAUUAUGAAAUUGAUUCACUUUUUGUACCAUAUUGCAAACUUGGAACAUGAAAUCUUGAACAAGAUAAUGUACAAUAUGCUUACAUAAAUUAACAAACCUAAAGAACAGAUGUUCCACAGAUUUUCUGUUUUAAAAUAGUAUACUCUGAAGAUCUUAUUUUGUUUCCACAUGAUCAUUCACAAAAGUUUAAGUGGGAGGAACCUGUAAACAUGAAGGUGAACACCUAUUUAUUUAACUUGUAAUAAAACUUGCACAUAUGUUUGUUAAA